AUGAGUGGUGUGAUCGUCUUAGAAGAUUUACCCAAUGAAUUAUUCAUCGAAUUUUUUACAUAUUUAACAUCAUUUGAUAUAAUUCUCGCUUUUGGAAAGUUAAAUCACCGCUUUCAAUCGUUAAUUAUGCAGUACUGCAAAAAAUUUGAUUUCAAAUUCAUCAAUAAAUCCCAAUGUGAUUCUAUCUUUCGCGUGCAAAAUACAAACCAAUGGACAUCAUUACGGCUAUCUGAUGAUGAUCGAAAGCCAUUCUGGAUCGAUCAUCUCAUUGAAAAUUAUAUUUCAAAAAAGAACUUUUCUCAAUUACAAUUUUUGUCUGUGGGAAGCCUAAAAGAUAAUGUUCGACAAUUGUUCUUUUCUAUGCUUUCAUCACUACCUAAUCUUGUUUCUUUAUCAGUCGAUUCAGUAUGUGGAAAAGAUAUUUUACCAUUUGAUUUACCAAAACUUCAAAAACUUGUCUUCGGUUCUUGUUUACAUAUCGAUUGGAUUCAAAACUUUUCUCAACUUGAAACGAUUGAAUAUACAAUCGAUCAUUCCUGUGAGAGUAAAGAUAAACUCAACUGGCCACGGACAACUAAGCAUCUCAAAUUUGUUUUAAUGGUUGCAACUGCACAUUCCUUAAUACUCGACUCUCUCGUUCCUUUAUCUCAGUUAACAAAACUAGAAAUUUAUCAACUGCAAUCGCAACAUGUACCUGUGUUUGGUCAUCGAUGGGAAGAACUCGUUCGUUCGUCAUGUCCAUUAUUAGAAAUCUUUNUAUUUGAAACUGUAAUCCAACAAUUGCAGAACAAUUGUUCUGUCAUUCUCAUAGUGACGUGUCCAUAA